GCAGGGUUGUUCCAUCUGUACGGUAUGCCUAUGUAUGGGUCAUCUCUAUAUCUGAAAGAAGGCUGUAUCGUAACUACCUUUGCCUAGCAAAAUUUAUAGGAGUUGAAACAAAUAAAAACUAUUUUCGUUCUUACUUACCUUACGUCAAAAAAAGUGUUAGUGUAAUAAUUUUGGUGGUUUAUUUCAAGAUUUUUUCAGUAAAUUGAUUACAUGGUAAACGCAAAGGGGGUGCAAUGGUUAAUCACAUGUUAAAAUAAUGACUAUAUCUAUGAAAGAACAAGAUCAAAUGCCAGGGGAGAUGGCAUUCCCCGAGGCUAAAUUAAAGGCAUUGGAAGAGAAGAUAUCACAUCCUCGUUGGGUGGUGCCUGUGUUGCCCGAACAGGAGUUAGAGGCACUGCUGAUUGCCGCCACUGAGCUGGCAGCAAAAGGUGAAGAUGCAACCCACCCAGCAUGUCAGAGAUUCUAUAAUGAUGCCUUAACAGUGUCAUUUACUAAGAUACUGACUGAUGAUGCAGUUUCAUCCUGGAAAAAUAAUAUACAACAAUGUGUCCGUUCAAAUUGUGAGAAACUCGUCAAACUUUGUGCAAUGAAACUAGAUGAUCCAAGAUUCCUGCAUUUAUUAUCUAUGACAUUCAAUCCCAAUAACAAAUUUCACACAUUCAAUGCAUCAAGAACUUGUGAAGGCCUAUCUAUUACUCCACCUGGGCAAGGUACCACCCAAGAGUCUGAAGUGUUUGCAAGGUCACAGGACCACCGCACACCAAGAGGAUGGCUGGUCCAUCUUAUUAAUGUGUUUGGUCAAGCUGGUGGCUUUGUGAAACUUCGAGAAAGGUUUGAAACAAUAAUGGGGUUUCAAAAAACUGAGUUGACAUCUUCAAUCACUUCAGAAGAGAAAGUUUCAACUGAAAUAAUAGAGAAGGAGAAUGAAGAAAACAAAUGUGAUAAAGUUGAGAGCACAGAAAUAGUGCCAGUUAUUGCUGAUAGCGGUGAAUUUUCGAUACCAGCACGCAGUGAGCAACCCUCGUCAUUAGAACAGUCCACUAGUGGAGAGACUCGAGUCGCGACGGUGUGGCAACUGCUGCGACCUCUGGGGCUCUGCCACGACCUCCUUACUUCACACACUGUUACCACAUACCUGCUGCCUGUACUCGAAUGUAUUCCCACAUUACUUGAGAGUUUGACUGAUGAAGAGCUGAAGAGAGAAGCGCGCGGUAGUGAAAAUAAGACUGACACUGUUUCUUGUUUAAUUCGCGCCUGUAAAUAUGUCUCGGUGAAAACUCCCCAGUAUCACAGUUUGCUUAAAUCUCUUGAAAUGUUUCGUUUAAAAAUGAUAUUGCGAUUAUUGCAAAUGUCUUCAUUUAACGGAAAAAUGUCCGCUCUAAAUGAAAUCAAUCAACUUAUAAGUACAUUCUCCCAGCAACCCAAACCGGAAUGGCUUACGCCGACAGUUAUAACAACAUGGAUUCGUGAAAAUAAAGUAGUAGACAUAGUCUUACGAGACUCUCUGCACCAGCCACAGUAUGUAGAUAGACUUGAGAAAAUGCUUAGGUUUAUGAUAAAAGAGAACUCAUUGACGCGAGAUGAUUUGGAUGCGAUAUGGAAGGCUCAGCACGGCAAGCACGAGGCGAUUGUCAAGAACUUGCAUGACUUACUAGCCAAACUGGCUUGGGACUUCACUCCUGAUCAACUUGACCAUUUAUUUGACUGUUUCAAGGCAAGUUGGGCUACAUCCAGCAAAAAGCAAAGUGAUAAACUACUAGAGGUAAUAAGAAGAUUAGCAGAAGAUGAUAAGGAUGGUGUAAUGGCAAACAAGGUAUUAGUGCUUUUUUGGAAUUUGGCCCACUCGGACGAAGUAUGUACGGAAAUAAUGGAUGUGGCAUUAGCUAAUCUAAUAAAAAUAUUAGACUACAGCUGUAGCCAAGAUCGUGACGCACAGAAGACGCUUUGGUUGGACAAGUGUGUGGAAGAAUUAAAAACUAAUGAAAAGUGGGUGCUACCGGCAUUGAAAAUGAUGCGCGAGAUUUGUUGCCUGUACGAGGCGGGCGGCGGCACGGGCUUGCGGCCUCACGUCACACGGCAGGAACUGAUCGACCGCCUGCAGACCCAGCACUCACUUGUCAUACUCGUUACAGACUCACUCACACACUACAUGGAGGCUGUGCGGAAUAAACUGGCCCAAGAGGGUGAUAUCGAUUGGGACAACUGGCUACCAGAUGGAAGGUACCCACAUGCGGCUCAAGUACAUGAACGAUUGAGUUUUUUAAGAUUUCUCUUGAAGGAUGGACAACUAUGGCUGUGUGCAGAACAAGCAAAACAGAUAUGGGUAUGUUUGGCCGAGAAGCCAGCACACCUGGGUGACCGUGAGGCCUGUUUCCGAUGGUUCAGCAAACUAAUGGGCGAAGAGCCCGACUUAGAUCCUAAUAUUAAUUUACAUUUUUUUCGACGGAACAUCAUGACAUUGUCACCGAAUUUACUAACCCACGCUGGUAUCAAGUGUUUCGAAAGAUUCUUCAAAGCAGUCAACUCCAAAGAAGGCAAACUAAAAGUAAAGAGACGAAGCUUUUUACUUAACGACGCAGAUCUCAUAGGAUUAGAUUAUUUAUGGAGGGUGAUAACGGAGUGCGAGGACGAGAUCUCGGCGCGCGGCAUCGAGCUGCUGCGCGAGGUCAGCACCUGCGUGGGCCCGCAGCUGGGCGCCGCGCAGCACCACGAGGCCUUCCUCACGCACUGCUGCGCGCGGACGCAGCGCCUGCAGAAGGACAUGGAGGCGCACGAAGAUUCGUCAGAGAGUUGUACAAGAAUGUGUAGAGUGAUUCGUGCCAUACAAGAAUAUAUUAACGAAUGUGAUAGAAGAUUUUCCGCGGAACGCCAGAUACUACCAAUCUAUAGGUCGGGUCGAGGGAGGCAGUGUACGAUUAUAGUAAGAUUUAAUUUUCAAACCGGCCAAAGACAAAUUGAAGAUAUUGAACUUUUUUCACACUCUAAUGAGACACUGCACUCCUUGCGAUCUAAUAUACAAAGAAGGCUGAAGAAUGCUUCAGAGAGUAAUAUAAAGUUAGAACUGUAUGUAAAUAAGUUGGAGCUGUAUGUUAAUGGGGAGCUAUUGGAUUCUAGUCACGAUAGAAAAAUUCUGUCGCAAAUCCCACUUCGUGACAAAACUGUUAUUGUCGCUAAGGUGUAUGACGGACAAGUAUGUGGCAGUGGUGGCUGCGGCUCGUCGAAUGAGUCGAGCAGUGACUCCAGCACUUCUUCGCCUCCGUUGUCGCCCACACCGGAGCACGCAUUACCUGGCGUUCUUUUUGCUCAGGGAUCGUGGUACUUACCCUUUAUAUUAGAUUUAGAACAUAUUGGUAUCACUAAAGGACAUGGCCCGCUCACUGAAGCGGCGCACCUACUCUCACAGAUCUGUCCCGCGCAUAAACAGACGGUGGAAAAGCUGACGGAAGCGCUGUUAUGUAGAGAUGAUACAAAACUGAGGGACAUGCUCUAUGGCCCAGCUCCACCUACAGUGGCUUAUAAUGUAGAAGUGCUGUACAGCAUGGUGAUGCCAUCAUCAGACACGAGGCUGGAACGCUGCCGCAGCUUUCAGAUCGCUUGCGUGAAGAAAGCUCCACUGCUGGUGCAGUGCUUGUCUGACAGCGAUUUCUUGCAAGGGGCAGCUCCACAUACCAGGAGAGUUGGUUAUUUGGCUCUGGUUAGACUGGCUAAGCUGGCUUUAUACACACUUGGUCAUCUGUUUGAAAUUAUUGCUCCAGAUGGUACAGAUGCAAAUCUUGAUAAGGAAUUCAGUAGAAGGGAUGUAACAAUUCUGCGUGAAGCUCUGCAGACGGUGCCAAACCACACUUGUGAACUAAUGGUCAAAGCAAUUGCCGAGAAACUAGCUAAUGCGUUGGGAGAACAGGUUGUAUUAAGCGGUGAAGACAGUGAUUCAGUGUCGGCGCUAGUAUGGUGGUGCGUCCCCACCUCGGCCACGGUGCGCUCGCUAUACAGCCUCUCAUACUCUGUGGCACAACCCUCUGACAUCAGUGGUAUAGUGCACCCCGAUGACGUUACACUUGUUAGAGAGUGCAUGGAGGUGGUGACUAUUUGUAUGGCACUGAGCGGAGGUCACUUGGAGAAUAACCUGUUGAAUGAACCAUGGUGGCAGGACACUGCCUUGUACCUUAUGAUAGACUGCCCGAACCCUCAGGUGCGCGUGUCGUGCGCCGAGCAGUUGCUGGCCAUGUGUGCGUGGGGCGGCGGCGGGGGCGCGCGCGCCGCGCUGGCUGCGCUGGGGGGCGCGGCCCCGCGGGCGCCGGCGCCCCGCCUGGCGCGCCACGCCCGCCACGCGCAGCAGUUCUUGCAGCUGCUCUGCCGCCUCGUGGCGCUCGCCGGGCCCACCUCGCGCACGCUCGAGGACCUCGCUCUGGAGGUGGCAUGGCUACGAGCUGUCCGAGCAAACCCUCAAACGCUAGACGAUACUUUGCUGGAGGGACACCUCAAUCUCACCAAGGAGCUGUUCACACAUGUGCCGGCGCAGGUCAAGUACCAGUAUGGAGCUCAUCCCGACCACAAAGAUUCAGGUCUAAUCAAGGAAGUGACGACGGAGUUCCUGUGGCCGUACUCGUGGGCGUGGUGCGUGGUGUCGGGCGGCGGGGCGGGCGGGGCGGGCGAGGCGGGCGGCGGCAGGGCGGCGGAGGCGGCGGGCGGCGCGGAGCCGGCCGCCCCGUUGUGUCGCACGCCCAGCGCCGCCGCCGCCGCCACCGACCUCUUGCUGGCGCUCGUGCACGGCUGCGUGCCCAACAUGGCCGCGCUCGCCAACCUGCUCGACCUCAUGUUCUAUAGCGAUAAGAGUAUGCCAUUGGCGGAGUGGGAGUACAUGCCGUGCGUCGGGCCACGCCCCCCCGCCGGAUUGGUAGGGCUGAAGAACGCGGGCGCCACAUGCUACAUGAACUCCGUGCUACAGCAACUGUACUGCGUGCGAGCUGUACGGGACACACUACUCACCGUACAAGGUGCUGCUACUGACCCCAAUGAAGAUUUCUCUGGUGAAAGUCACCAUCACAGCAUUGUCGAAAAUAAUAUUGAAAGCAACACAGAUUACAACAUCACAAUCUUAAAACAAGUACAAGCAAUAUUUGCGCAUCUACACUAUAGUAAAUUACAAUACUACAUACCCCGCGGACUUUGGGCACAUUUUAGGCUUCAAGGUGAACCCGUUAAUCUACGCGAACAACAAGACGCGGUGGAGUUCUUUAUGUCUUUGGUGGAGUCGUUGGACGAAGCUCUGAAAACACUAGGACAAGAACAAUUGAUGGCAAAAACAAUGGGUGGCACAUAUUCUGAUCAAAAAAUCUGCAAGGGCUGCCCUCACAGGUAUUGCAAAGAAGAACCAUUCAGUGUAGUAUCACUGGAUAUCAGGAACAUGUCGCGUUUGCAGGAAUCACUGGAAGCCUACGUUAGAGGAGAAUUACUAGAAGGUGCAGAUGCUUAUCACUGUGACAAGUGUAAUAAAAAGGUGGUAACAGUUAAACGCUUAUGCUUAAACAAAUUACCUCCCGUCUUAGUCAUACAGUUAAAGAGGUUCGAAUAUGAUUUCGAAAAAGUAUGUGCAAUCAAAUUCAAUGAUUACUUUGAGUUUCCGAGAGAACUGGAUGUCGAGCCUUACACAGCUUGGGGCCUAGCUCGAGCUGAGGGUGAUUCAUCAUUGUGGGAGGGUGGGGAGGAGAAGGCUCAGGAAACUCACUACCAACUUAGUGGCAUUGUUGUACACUCGGGACAGGCCUCUGGAGGACACUACUAUUCAUACGUCCUACUAAGGGACAAUGGUAGCGAGACAGGUAGGUGGGUGAAGUUGGACGACGGCGAUGUCUCGGAGUGCGGCAUGCAUGAUGACGAAGAAAUGAAGGCACAGUGCUUCGGCGGGGAAUAUAUGGGCGAAGUGUUUGAUCCAAUGUUAAAGAGGGUCUCAUACAAAAGGCAGAAACGAUGGUGGAAUGCAUACAUGCUGUUUUACACAAGAAAGGACACGAUAGAAUCACAGUCGCUUCUAGAACAAUCUAUGAAAAACCUGACCAUGAAAGAAAACAUUAUACCCAGACCAAUCUGGCUGUCGGUUCGUCGCAGUAAUAUUGCGUUCUCACACAAUCAGGAUCAAUUCAGUCUUGAACAUUUUAACUUUAUGAAGAAGCUUUGUUACAUGCGACUGCAAAUGUUACCAGGAUCUCAAAGUGCAGUUUGGGGCCCCGAGCACGAAGAAAUGUCAAUGUUAGCGGUACAGUUAGCAACAAAAUUCUUGUUCCAAGUAGGGUUCCGCACCAAGAAGACGUUACGCGGUCCCGCCGCUGACUGGCACGACAUACUGUGCCAACAUUUGAGGUGCUCGCAAGCUGUUAGAGCAUGGUUCGCUACAGAUCUAUUUAAACAUCCACACAGAUUAUGCGACUACUUGUUAUCGUGUCCAACAGCCGAAGUAAGAAUAGUGUUUAUGAAGAUUAUAGUGUUUUUGGCGCAUUUCUCAGUACAAGAUCAGCCAGUGAGCAACGGUUACGGGUCGUGGUGCUCCCGCGAGGAGGCGGUGUCCCUGUCGGACCAGGUCCUAUGCUGCGCGCGUGCAUUGGCCGCGCCCCCGACUACGCCCGUGCCCCCCUCGCAUGGGGACUCGCAUGCUGCCAGGCAUCUGCCGCUACUCUUUAAUCUGUUCCACACUUACGCCUGCCUCGGAAUCAGCGAAAAGCAUCAAUUGCUGAGGUUGAAGUUGCUGGAUAUCGUUUUAUCGGUGUGCAUGGAUGAGUCUAACACAGCAAUGGGCAAGUACCAAUAUCCGGAGUCGGCGAAAGUUCACCAGGUGGUGUGUGCGCUGGUGCGGUGCUGCGACGUGAGCGGUCGCUGCCAGGGCGCGGGCGCGGCGGAGGGCGCGGCGCCGCUGCCCAACCCCUACGCCGAGCCACACGCGCACGCCGCGCGCCCGCUGCUGUCGCCCGCCGCCGCAGACAUACUCUACAACAGAACUGGAAGUUAUAUGAAAAAGUUGACUGAAGAAUGUUGCGGUUGCGACGAAGGCAUCAGACUUCUGCAAUUCUUGUGCUGGGAACACGCCGGUUGGUCCCGCAUCGCCCUGGCCGAGUUACUGUGGCAGAUGGCUUAUGCAUACUGCCACGAGCUACGCCGUCAUUCCGACGCGCUCACAGCGUUACUACUCAUGGAAGACAGCUGGCAGCAGCACCGGAUACAUAACGUUAUCAAGGGCGUGUCGGAGGAGCGGCCGGGCCUGCUGGAGACGGCGGCGCGAGCCCGCGGGCACUACCAGAAGCGCGCGUACGCCUGCGUGAAGCUCGUCGUCGGCGUCAUGUGUCGCGCGCCCGCCGCCGUGCGCGCCGUGCACCACCAGCCCGACGCGCGCCGGCGCUGGCGCCAGCUGCUGGCCUGGCUGCAGGACGAGCUCGACCGCUAUGGCCCCGGUGGUUACGGCUCUUACGGCACUUGGUCCCCACCCGGCACUUCCAACGAAACUUCAAGCGGAUACUUCCUUGAGCGCAGCAACUCUGCUAGGAAAACACUCGAAAAGGCUUAUCAACUUUGUCCCGAAGAGGAAGAUGAAGAAGAAGAAGAAGGUCGGGAAGGGGCUGAGGGAUCUGGGUCAGGCGACGCGGCCGAUGACAGCGCCGAUGAGGAUGAGCCGCCCGAUGAAGAGCUCCCGGCACGGCGCCCGGGAGGCGGAGUGGGCGGGGCAGGCCCGAGCGGGCCGAGCGGGCCGGGUGGACCAGCCGGACCGGCCAUGCCGGGGGCGCCGCCUCCCCCUGCGCCCCCCGCGCCGCCAGCGCAACCCCCCCGUGACCCGCUGCCGCCGCUGUGAACGCGUCUCUAGUCCCUGCCCCGCGAUUACUUAUUUAUAUAACUUACAAGUUCCGCUUUAAAAGUACCAUAGUAUUUAUUAUUCGCCGUAGGAUUCGUCGUAGUGCUCUCUCGACGGUUGAAUGUAUAGGUCGUAGCGACUCGUUUAAAACAAACGGGCGGUUGCUGCCCGACUCGACUCUGAAUAUUAAUAGUUUGGUCCCCAAAUAUUUAUAAGUUCACCAACACGACGAGAAGCAAUCUCUUUUAGGAAUAAGUUUGUUUAUCUGUGCAAAAUAUCUGAUCUGUAAAUGAGUUGUGAACUUGCAACACAUUCUUUACUGCAUGAGCGAUUUUGUAUUGUAAUCUUAAUGAAAUGAACAAUAUUUAAAAAAAUGCUUUUAUUAAAAUAGGUCAUCUGAAUGCAUUUUAAGAUAGCGCUAGACAGCUAUACUCUUCAGUUCUGAACAGUUGUCAUAAUUUAGCAAAAAAUCCACAGUACAUAAUGCAUAGGCCAUAUGACAAAGUAUAAAGCUAGGUGCUAUCAGUUAGGGUCACUUGGUUGAUUUUAAUUGUUCUCGCUCGCUUAUUAACUUGUUAUGUGCCCACUUUUUAUCUUUGAAGUUCAAUAUUUUAACUUUCAAAGUAGAAAUGCAGAUAAUGUUUAAUUUCAUUUUUAUUCUUGCUGCAUUUCUAAGUUAUUUUAAUCUUUAUUAUAAAUUUUUAAAGUAAUGUAUUUCCGUAAAUUAUUAUCUAGUGAUAUAGUGACACAUUUUAAUGACAUAUUCAUAAAUAAAAUUAGGGCAGAAACACUUUGAUACUGAUGUGUGUAUGGACGUAUGUUUAUUAUCUUAAAUAUAAUAUUUCCAGCGGUGGACUACACAGGUAGUUUAUACAUGAUCAUUAUACCUGUAUCAAAAUUUAGUAAAAUGUGAUCCGUAUUCCGGUCAAUUCCAUUUUUACUAGACACAUGUCAUGUAAUGUAAAGUCAAACCUGUUUGCUAAUUGACGAGACUCAAAUAAUUUACGAGCUAAACAAUCAAUUUGUAAUAGACAUCACUGAUAUUUAGGGACCGAGUUCACCAUAACCUACUUCACUUAUAAAUAUUGUAAAUUAUGAUGACUUAUAUUAUAUAACAGUCAUUUUAUAUUAGGUAAGAACUGUAGUUGAGCUUUCAAAACCAAGUCAUGUUUUUUAAAUAUAAUAAUGGAGUUUGCAGUGUCUAUGAGUGAAGUAGAAUUAAUUGUACAUAGUAAAACAAAUACAAAUUAUCGAGGCCAGAGAACACAUAUUGGCCUAACUCUGACUAUGUAAACAAUGUUUAAUAUUUCAGUUUUUAAUUUGCUAGAUGUAUUAUUAUAAUAAAAUAAACUUAGUUUUAAUUCAGUGAAAAGUGUAGAUAUAGGUAUUAACGACUAGUCUAACAGGAAAAUGUUGCCACUAUGUCAAUGUUCUGCUUUGUAAUAUAAUGUUAUUUAUUUUUAUAUUUCACGACGGUUGUAUAAUAUUUUCCUUUUUUUCUAGUGGUAAAAUUGUUGUAACAUCCAGGCUAUCAGGCGACGCAGACGCUAAGUCGCGCGUACGCUCGCGAACGUGCGCCCUUUCGUAGUCACCAUUUGUAGCCAUUAAAGUUUGCACUUCGCAUUCUAGUAUUUUACAAAUAUAAAACCACCGUGAUAUUCUGUGAGUAUUUAUUUUUUUCAUGUUAAUUUAAACAUUAAUGAGCCUUCAAAUUAUGGUCGCAUAGACCGUGUGCCUUAUUUUUAAUUUUAUUUGCUCAAUGCUUGCACCUGAUAGUCUGUAUAUUGAUCUAUUAACAAGUUUUUAUUUAAAAGACUGUAAUGUCAUUCAUUUUGCAUGUAAACAUAUGUUUGUACGAUUAAAUUAAAUGACAAAGUAUUUAAAUGAUGUGAUAAAAUAGAAUUAAAAAUUUUAUUGAUUACGAAAACACCAAGCAUGUUUAUGUGCUAAAGUGAAUGAUGUCGAGUCGUGAUUUUAUUUUGGCUUUAAAUUUUAAAAGUCGCUUUAUCAUGGUUUUUAUAAGUGAAAGAAACACCCAAAUCACAAGUUGUAAUGAUUGAUAUAGUACAGAAUAGCAUUGUGAAUAAUUAGAUACCUGCUCGAGAAAAUGCUGAUUGUUGUUAAUGUUAUUACCAAAGAUGGAGUUAUAGAUAGAAGGGAAAAUGGUGGCCCUUUUCUUAAUAGCUUAAUAAUAAUUGAAAUGUUUUGUAUCUUUUAUAAAAUGCAAAGUUAACGAUAUUAUGUUAAAACGAGAUAAAAUGUGAUUGAUCUUAGAUAGGUGAACCGCUAUGAUUCUUGUUUAGAAACAAAGGAGUCGAAUGUACCGGUAACUAAUCACAUGUGUAACAGACGUAUGAUACUCGAAGCGAGAUUCGGAAUCUUGUAAAUAUCAUCAACCGGAAAUAAGUCAAACUCAACAUGAACUUCAUUCUUUAUAUUCAUGAAAUUCACAUAAGAUCUCAAAAAUAAAUGUCUAUUAGUGUCGUUCCGAAAACACACAGAUAUAAAUGCAAUUUUUUUAUAUUAAAAUUUUUGUAAUGUAGCAUAUUAUUGAAAGCAUUGUAUGCAAUACACGUCGAAUAGUUUGGCAGAUAUGUUGGGAUUAUUCACUGCAGUUCAAAGUUUGCAGUUUUCACAAAAAAACAGUGUAAAAUGUGUAUUCAUAGAAUUAUUAUAAGAUCAGUUGAGUUUUGUAUAACAUUUCUAUGGCAAAUAUUACGAAAUGGCAUUUGAAGAUUAUACAAGAAUGCUCAAGAAGCGUUCAUACAGAUAUUAUACUAUUCAAAUCAAGAAAUAAAUUCAUAAAAUCUU